CUGAUGUAUCUGUGAGGAGGAAGUUUUUGUUUUCAAUACUGCCCUGAAGACACUACAUUUGGCAUACCCACCCAGGGCUGGGUGAUUCACUAGACCUCAAGAGGCCAGAGCCAAGUGUCAACCGAGGAUGUCACAGACUUGCAGGCUCAGCCAGCAUCAGUCCUGAGCAACGCUUCUGCCCAGCGUGGAGUGCUCUGCAGAAUCAGCAAGCCUAAGAAAUAUUAUCAACUCAUUGCACUAAAGUCUACUGGGGGUUCCUGCUGAUAUACUCCAACCCAUUUUUGAAAAAGUAGUGUUUUCCAGCAUCCUCACCUAUCCAGAGCAUAAAUAAAAACUUGGGAGUUUCUUGCUUACUAAUGAAAGCUAUGAAGUCUAAGUCCAUCUGGGCCCAGAACCCAUGUUGUAGCAUAAUGGUAUUUCAUCCAACCAAAGAAGAGUUUAAUGAUUUCGAUAACUACAUUGCUUAUAUGGAAUCCCAAGGUGCACAGCGAGCAGGCCUGACUAAGAUAAUACCACCCAAGGACUGGAAAACCAGAGAGACCUACGACGAUAUCAGUGACAUCUUAAUAGCUGCUCCCCUCCAGCAGGUGACUUCUGGGAAGGCAGGUGUGUUUACUCAAUACCACAAAAAGAAGAAAGCCAUGACCGUGGGUGAGUACCGCCACUUAGCAAACAGUGAAAAAUAUGGAGCUCCACCACACUUGGAUUUUAAGGACCUGGAGCGAAAAUAUUGGAACACGCCAGUAUAUGGCGCGGACGUCAGUGGCUCCUUGUUUGUUACAAACACGAAGCAGUGGAGCCUUGGACACCUGGGAACCAUUCAGGACCUGCUGGAGCGGGAGUGCGGAGUGGUCAUCGAAGGCGUCAACACCCCCUACCUGUACUUCGGCAUGUGGAAGACCGCCUUCGCCUGGCACACGGAGGACAUGGACCUUUACAGCAUCAACUACCUGCACUUCGGGGAGCCCAAGACGUGGUACGCGGUGCCCCCGGAGCACGGCCGGCGCCUGGAACGCCUGGCCAGGGAGCUUUUCCCGGGCAGCUCGCGGGGCUGUGAGGCCUUCCUGCGGCACAAGGUGGCUCUCAUCUCGCCCACGGUCCUCAAGGACAACGGCAUCCCCUUCGGUCGGGUCACUCAGGAGGCUGGAGAGUUCAUAGUCACGUUUCCCUAUGGCUACCACUCUGGCUUCAACCAUGGCUUCAACUGCGCGGAAGCCAUCAAUUUCGCCUCCCCGCGCUGGAUCGAUUACGGCAAAGUGGCCUCGCAGUGCAGCUGCGGGGAGGCCCGGGUCGCCUUCUCCAUGGACGCCUUCGUGCGCAUCCUGCAACCGGAGCGCUACGAGCUGUGGAAACGCGGGCAGGACCGGACCGUGGUGGACCACACGCAGCCCACGGCGCCGGGCAGCCAGGGCCUGAACGCCUGGAGGGAGAUCCUCUCGGCCGGGGGAGCCGCUCUCGUCCCGAGGCACCACCAGCCCCGCCGCGCUCCGCGCCCCCGUGGGCCUGUAGCCGCGGGCGGUGGGACCCGCCCGCGAGUCCCUGAGCCUGCUGUGUCCCGGAGCCUCUCGUCGGCCCGGGGUUCUUGCUCUGCCGCCCAGUUCGGGGCUGCGGCCACCAGCACCUCCGGGGAGCCCGGCCCGACCCAGCCGCCGACCCCAGGUCCAUCCGCCCCGGAUCGCCACCCAGCUGGAAGCUGUGGCCCUCGUCGUCGGCCUUGGGAACAGGGGACUCAGGAGCCAACUGCUCCCCCCAGGGCUAAGAGGAGGCUUUCCUUUGACAUCGCUCAGGACCCAGAGGCUCAGCCCCUGCCUGUGGAUGCACCCUCGCCGGACAAUGCUCACCCGCUCAGCCCUGGGCUCCAGCAACCCGCCAAGGAUUCUGGGUGUGGUUGUGGCCCUGUCCCCUAAGCCCAGGGGAUGCCUUUCUACCCCACUGCUCUUGCGUGGGGAUCCUCUGAGACUGGUCGCAUUUACAUUUCAGAGCUUUGGGUAUUUGCAGGUUACUAGUCUCUCUCCUUUUCCUCUUUCCCCUUUCCUUCCCGCUUUUCUUGCCAAACUAGGCCCUUUUGACCAAUUAGGUCAGUAGAGACUCAGAUGAUAAUUGAUAAUCUUUCUGAGUCUUUGAUGUAUUGAAAAUGUGUUCUUUGCCAGUAUGGUAACCAGAAUGUUAAAAUCUGACUUUACUAAAUAUAUUAAAGGUAACCAGAAUGUUAAAAUCUGACUUUUUGUGUUGUUCAUUCAGUCAACUGAGAGGUGGUCGUUUUUUCUGCACUUUUCUGAAUAAUUAUAUCAAAACAUUUCAAGCAAAACUUAUUUUUAUGAGCUUGUUGCCUUGUGUGAUGUUGGUGAGUGAGUUUGGGGUUGAUUGUUGGGUUCCAGCUGGCUGGCUGGGUUGGGGGAUUUGGUUGGCAGCCCUAUCUGAAGGAUACAUGCACCCCAAUGUUCAUUGCAACACUGUUUACAAUAGCCAAGAUGUAGUAGCGAUCUAAAUGUCCAUCAACAGGGGAAUGGAUAAAGAAGAGGUGGUACAUAUAUACAAUGGAAUAUUACUCACCCAUUAAAAAGAAUGAAAUAAUGCCAUUUGCAGCAACAUGGACGGACCUAGAGAUUGUCAUACUGAGUGCAGUAGGUCAGACAAAGACAAGUAUUGUAUGAUAUCGCUUAUAUGUGGAAUCUAAAAAAAAAUGAUACAUAUGAACAUAUUUACAAAACAGAAACAGACUCACAGAGAACAAACUUACGGUUACCGGGGGGAAGGUGGGAAGGGAUAGUUAGGGAGUUUGGGAUU